UCUAUAUCAAGGGACUCAAAGGGGCAGGACUCCUGUCAGAGCUGUCAGGUAGGUCUUUCUUGUAAGAUAUACAUGCCUGUACUGUAGAACUGGUGGUGAUCCCAGGAGGAAGAGUCUGAAGAGAGCAAAGUCAAGUGUCAUCAGAGAUCAGGAUCCUGAAACACUGUUGACUGGGCAAACUGACACCUUUUCAUUUUAAAGUGCCAUUAUCAGGCCCAGAUUGAACAAUGUCAUUGGAGAAAAUGAAUGAUCUCCAACUGGAUGACAAAUACUUGGAACCAGAAACCAAGGAAGUGAAUGGAAUUCUCAUGACCAAGAUGAUAAGUGACAACUGGGACAACAUCUGGAAUUUCCAAGCAAGACCGGAUGACCUCCUCAUAGCGACCUACGCAAAGGCAGGCACAACCUGGACACAAGAGAUAGUGGACAUGAUCCAAAAUGAUGGUGAUGUGCAGAAGUGCCAGCGGGCCAACACCUUUGACAGACAGCCCUUCAUUGAGUGGACACUUCCCCCACCCCUCAACUCGGGUCUGGAUCUGGCCAACCAAAUGCCUUCUCCUAGAACUCUAAAGACUCACCUGCCUGUUCAGCUGCUACCACCCUCUUUCUGGAAAGAAAACGCCAAGAUUAUUUACGUGGCCAGAAAUGCAAAGGAUUGCCUAGUGUCCUACUAUCAUUUCUCAAGAAUGAACAAAAUGGUGCCAGACCCUGGCACGUGGGAGGAAUAUGUGGAGACAUUCAAAGCUGGGAGAGUGCUAUGGGGCUCCUGGCACGACCAUGUAAAGGGAUGGUGGAAAGCCAAAGACCAGCACCGUAUUCUCUAUCUAUUCUAUGAAGACAUGAAAGAGGACCCAAGGCGGGAAAUUCAGAAGAUAUUGAAGUUUCUAGAGAAAGACAUAUCGGAGGAAGUGCUAAAUAAAAUAAUCUAUCACACCUCCUUUGAUGUAAUGAAGCAAAACCCAAUGGCCAACUACACCACAUUGCCUACCAGCAUCAUGGACCACUCCAUCUCUCCUUUUAUGAGGAAAGGGAUGCCUGGGGAUUGGAAGAAUUACUUUACUGUGGCCCAGAAUGAGGAAUUUGACAAGGACUACCAAAAGAAGAUGAAAGGAAGCACCCUGACCUUCCGCACAGAAAUCUGAGAACAGCUGGGAACCCCUGAGGACCUCUGAACCUAGAUUUUAAAACUUUGAGUCUCACAAUCAAGAAGACUUAUAAUAAUAACACUCUUCCUCCAA